AUGAGUGGCAUAGUUGGAUCAUCUCGUGGGCUUGGGAGCAAGUAUGGGCUUGGUGUCAGUUCUCUGGGAUCAUCCAGCGACGUCGUUCAAAUACGUCUGCAGGGUGAUUCCUAUCCUAGUAGCGAUUCUUUGGGUUUGUCCGGAAUGGAUAUGUUCGGUGGACUAUCUGGUUAUGGUGUUUCUUCCGGUGUACCCUAUUAUGUAGACUCAAUAGGUGGAAGUGUAAGUCUAGGUGGCGGAAUGUUGGGAUUUGACGAUGAACUUGGUCACUCAGGACUAGAUAAUAGUGAACUUGUCCAGUUGUUGGGAGGCAGUCAAGCUAUCGCCCAGCUUUCAGAUAGUCAACUAGAAGAACUUGGUCGUGCACAGUUUACUAUCGUGGAUCCUAGGACUGACACAAACUGUCCUCUAAGUUUAUCCGUGGAAGAAGAUGAUCGACCUUUAGAUGAAGAUGAGAUCUUGUGUGUAACCAAAGCAAGAUGCCUGGAUCGUGUUCGUGUCCUGUCUGUUCCAGCUUCCGGAUAUACAAGUAUAAAUACUGGUGAUCUUGCUAAAUGCAUCAAUCUACGUGAAUUAGAUUUGUCAGAGAAUGCAUUACGCGUAUUCCCCAGACGUCUGCAUUUACCGCAGUUAACAAAACUCAGCAUUACAGGGAAUAGAUUUAUACACCUACCGUUGUUUGAACAAUUUCCUAAACUCAUUCGAUUGAAUUUAGACGACAAACUGAAACAAUUAUUAAACCCUCAAAUGUUAGUCUAUUUUUGUCCGAAACUUAAGUAUAUUAAUGGUAUAUAUUUUGAAGAAAUGCCAACCGAUUUCACAGUUCGUAUUAUUCAAGAAGCACGGUCAAUAAUGGAACCUAUUAUAAGAUCAAAAUGGGAAACAGACUUUGCUGAUCAGUAUCCUUUUGUUAAAAAUCGAGAAGAACGUAUGUCAUUGAUUGAAAACAUGAUGGAGCAUAUAAAAGAGCGUAAUCUUCUGGUUGGUGAAGCCUUAAACAAGUAUAAAGAUUUAUUGUUGUUUCGUUGUAUCGAUGAGUUUCUACGAUCCAUGAUAUAUGAUGCCACGGAUAGGGAAUUGUUGCAUGCAGUUAAUUCUCUGGAUGCUCCUAAACCAAUUACAGAUGUAGAGAAUUCUACGGAUGUCACUCAUACUACUACGACUACUACUGAUGUUACAAAUAAAUUAUUUAUCAAAUCAGGUGAAUCCACCGCUAAUGAGAAUCAUACUUUGACAGAAACCAUCACAAAUAAAAUGACUGAUAACUAUUUGACUGAAUCGGUUGAUGAUGGCGCUGCUGCUAAUGAUAAUGAUGGGGAUAUUACUGGUGGUGCUAAUAUUACUACUACCACUGCUAUCACCAGUCAACAUGAGAAUAUUGAUUCAUUACAGUUGCGUACAAAACUUUCUGCAUGUGAUUUAGAAUCUGACGACAUACAAGAUGAUGAAGAUGAUGAUGAGGGGGAAGAAAAAGAAGCAGCUGCGCGAGCUGCAAAUGAAUGUGCGCUGUUCGAUGCUACCGACGAAUUGUUAGGUACUCAUUUACCUGAUUUACAAUUAUUAGCUCAAAGUGCUAAUCAACUGCAAACUACUUUUUUUGUGGAUUCAAUGGGUCGUUUACAUCAACAACAAGUACUUCUCACUCCGAAUGGUGCUUGUCAGUUAGGUUUACAAACCAAUGGACUAUCAAAUUAUCAACUGCAUUUGGGACGGUCAUUACGUCAAGGUCGUUCUAUAGUUAUGACUGUUGUUCGUCCACGUGGUAUCAGUGGGCGACCAGUGGCCGAAUUUUUGCCCGGUGAACUGCGUAACAAAGAUUAUGUCAAAGGUUAUAUGGCCUCUGAGAUAUAUAAGAAGGCUGUCAAAGAUACUUUAGGUCAAAAAACAACUCCUAAGAAACGUACUGGUACUGGUAAAAUUCGGAAAUCCGAUCAAAUUAAUACAUCAACAGGGGAACGUCCUUGGCCUGGAUCGACGACAACUAGUACGAUUCCAUUAGGCGAACUGAACACGGAAUUGGGUAAUACAGGAGCACCUACCAAAAGAGUGACUUGUACAUCCAACCAGAUGGCGAGUUCACGAACCGGAUCAAAUCGGCCGAGUAAAGUCGACUUUGAUGUCGGCGAAGACACAGGUGGCGCAACAGGCGGUCUUCCUCCUCGACCAAAGAAACGGAAGUCUAUGGGAAUGCAUAGAAGUUUAAGAGAUCUUUGUUCAGAUACCCCAUUCUCAUCUGAUGCCUAUAACAAUACCACUGCUAAUACAGUUGUUGGCGGUGGUCCUAGAUCUGAUGCAACUCCAAUCGACUACGACCCAUUACAUUUCAUUCGUUGUCAUGCUAAGGACAAUGAUGCAGGAGAUAGUGAAACUAAAGUUUGGCGUUGCCUAUUUGAACCAAAUCAAUGA